GCCGAUAGUUGAUGUCGAGUUAUUUUUCAAGUUGUAAAAUUUUUCAAGUUCAUGAGUUUAUAAAUUAUUAUUCCAUAAUUUUCACUUACAUUACAGCAUAAGCGCAUUACAAGAAUAAUUAAACUACUAGACUUUAAAAUAUUCAUAAUGGCAACAAACUCGUGUCUUUUAAUUUUAAUACUAGAAUUGGUUUUUUAUUUAACGACUGUGGCAUCAUCUCCAUUAAUUGAUAUACUUGUAUUUAGACCUAUUGCCGACGAGGUUAGAAAUGAAGUCGGUAAGUUGGAUUUUCCAAAUGAUACAAAGGUUGCGUUUUGGAAACAAUACAUCAAUGUCGGGAAUUAUUCAAACGAUUUCAUUGAACUUCUUAACACUUACAAAACGUUCAAGGACCUUCCUAUCGGCUUUAAUGAUGACGAAAUACGAUUAUUGACUACCAGCAACACAGAAGAUUCACUAAAUGAUAAAGUACUCGCUCAACUGAAAUACUAUCGCAAGUCACAAGAAAUUCAAUGUGCACAAUAUAUGAUAUUGCAGUACAAGUUGUAUUAUGACCGAAAACGGAACACUAAAGAAAUUGCUGAGCAUGUAUACAUUAUGAUAGCGAUGGCAUACAAAGGGAAUUUCAUAGUAUUCAAAUGGCUUUGGGAACUACAUAUCGCCCUGUGGUCACCGGCUAAGGGUGACCAAGUACAACAAUUACAUAUGAGAGGGCAAAAUCUAGAAAAAUUUCGAAAACCUUUAGCCGAUUUAAUAGAAAUGUGUAUGGGACAUAAAUAUUUAACAGUCAUAGAUAAUGGACAACAAAUCCCUGGUCGUACAGUAAGUAGGCCAAGUCUGUUAAAUAAAUUUGAGGGAUGUUUUAUUUUCAAAGUUAAGAAACAUACAAAUUUUAAACACAAAAAACCUGUGUCGAAGGAAUUAAUUAAACCACCAUAUUGGUUCAAUAAAAUUGAGGAAUUUUAUAAAUUGAAUCACGAAAAACAUGAACUAUAUAAAAAUAUACCUGCAUUGCCUCUUGAAUUCAAUUAUUUAACCUUAAGAUGUGUAUGGCAUGAAACAUCGUUUGUGAUUAAACCAAUAUGGAACGUUACUAUUGACUGGAAUGCAAUAGAGCGUGUGUACACAGCUUGUCGUCAAAAGGUCUAUGAUCAGUUUGAAAUUACACAUAACUGGACGAAGGAUCCGUUUAAACAUAUUGAAUUUCAGCAAACGUUUAUAUGUAUAAUUAGGGUUAAACUAUACUGUUAUAUUUGGGUGCAAUUAGCUGUAUAUGAACCGACCGAUCAUACAUUUAAUGUUAAUUAUAAGUCCCUGAUUAUGGAAAUGCUCAAUUUCAGUUACACCGAAGACAAAACGUUAAACAGAGUAAUAACGUUGUAUGAUAGUCUAAAUAAUCCUAAUAAAGAUCAGAUUGAAGAAGUUUUGAAAAUAAUAAUAGAUGAAGUAAAUACGAUUUUGUCAAAUUUAAUAGGGUGUCCUAAUGAAACGGAACUGGCCGACAUUUCAGACCUUAACACUACAUCAGCACGUUCUGAUUUCCUAAACAGAAUUGAUAAGCAAUUUAAAGAAAUCGGACUACUUAUUAAUGAAAGUCUAGACGGAUUAACAUUUGAUGUUUUAUCGUUCUUUAUCGACGGAAGUAAAAAUACACACCUUGCUGUGUUUCCUGAAAAUUGA